ACGGCGCAUGCGCAGGGGUGGGUGCUUCGGCCGUAGGUGGUUGGUCAGCUCGACUCCGGAAACGAAGAGAAACGGCUGAUCGUAGGAGGAGAAUGGAGGAGGCCGAGUAGGUGGGGAGGUUUCAUAAAUACCCAGCGGAGGCCUCAAAACCCGAAUAAGAACCUAUCUGGCUCGCGUUAUCAGCGAACGGCCCGGGGAGGAUUUGCAAUCUGAAAUCUGAUCCAAACAUCACAUCAGGAUCUGACAGAGUCCCCUAAUUUAUCGUUACCUGAAUAUCAUCGGAUUUUAAACAUGGAAGGAAAAAGCACCGUUCACAGUGGAGAGAAACCGCACACGUGUUCUGUGUGUGGGCAAGCCUUCAGCCGAUCAUCUAGCCUGUGGAAACACAAGCGCAGACACACUGGGGUGAGGCCGUGGAAAUGUGAGGACUGUGGGAAAGGGUUCUAUUACCAGUUUGAGCUGGCAAAUCAUCGGCGCAGUCACAGUGCGGAGAGACCAUUCAACUGCUCCGUGUGCAGAAAGGGAUUCAUUACUUCAUCCCACCUGCUGGAACACCAGCGUGUUCAUGCUGGGGAGAGGCCAUUCACCUGCUCCGAGUGUGGGAAGGGAUUCACUCAGUCAUCUCAGCUGCUGACACACCAGCGAGUUCACACUGACGAGAGACCUUUUAAAUGUUCAGACUGCGGGAAGUGCUAUAAAAGUUCCGGGGAGCUGAUGCGCCAUCAACAUGUUCACUCUGAUGAGAGACCGUUCAGGUGCUCUCACUGCGGGGCUGGGUUCAAGGCAUCAUAUGACCUCACUGUUCAUUGGCGAAUUCACACAGGAGAGAGGCCGUUCACCUGCUCCGAGUGUGGAAAGGGAUUCACAACCUCAUCCAACCUGCUGGAGCACCAGCGCACUCACACUGGGGAGAGGCCGUUUGCCUGCCUUGAGUGUGGGAAGAGAUUUGCUCGUUCGUCCACCCUGCUAAGACACCAGCGGUUUCACACUGGGGAAAGACCUUUCAUUUGCUCCGAGUGCAGGAAGGGAUUCACUACCUCAUCCAACCUGCUGAAACACCAGAGAGUUCACAAGGACACCCGCACCAUGGAGAAACCGUGGAAAUGUGAGGACUGUGGGAAGGGAUUCAAUUACCCAUCCCAGCUGGAAAAGCAUCGGCGCAGUCACACCAGGGAGAGGCCAUUCACCUGCUCCGAGUGUGGGAAGGGAUUCACUCAGUCAGCCAACCUGCAAACACACCAGCGAAUUCACCGUGAGGAGAAACAGUUCACCUGCUCUGAGUGUGGGAAGGGAUUCACUCAGUCAGCUGACCUGCUAACACACCAGCGGGUUCACACUGGGGAGAGACCGUUCACCUGCUCCGAGUGUGGGAAGGGAUUCACUCAGUCAGCCAACCUGCGAACACACCAGCGAGUUCACACUGGGGAGAGGCCAUUCACCUGCUCUGAGUGUGGGAAGGGAUUCACUCAGCUGUUCAGCCUGCUGAGACACCAGCGGGUUCACACUGGGGAGAGGCCAUUCACCUGCACUGUGUGUGGGAAGGGAUUCACUCAGUCCUCCGACAUGCUGAGACACCAGCGAGUUCACAGUGGGGACAGACCGUUCACCUGCUCUGAGUGUGGUAAGAGAUUCACUCAGUCAUCCCAACUGCUGAGACACCAGCGGUUUCACACGGGGGAGAGACCGUUCACCUGCUCUAAGUGUGGGAAGGGAUUCACUCAGCUGCCCAGCCUGCUGAGACACCAGCGGUUUCCAGCUUGUGAGAGACCAUUCAGCUGCUCCGAGUGUGGGAAGGGAUUCACUCACUCAGCCAACCUGCGAACACACCAGCGAAUUCACACCGGGGAGAGACCAUUCACCUGCUCCGAGUGUGGGAAGGGAUUCACUCAGUCGUCCGACCUGCUGUGUCACCAGCGAGUUCACACCGGGGAGAGACCGUUCACCUGCUCCAAGUGUGGUAAGCAAUUCACUCAGCUAUCCAGCCUGCAGGUACACCAGCGGUUUCACACUGGGGAGAGGCUGUUCACCUGCUCCGAGUGUGGGAGGGGAUUCACUCGGUCAUCCCACCUGCUGAUACACCAGCGGUUUCACACUGGGGAGAGGCCAUUCACCUGCUCCAAAUGUGGGAAGGGAUUCGCUCAGUCAGCCAACCUGCGGGCACACCAGCGAAUUCACACUGGAGAGAGACCGUUCACCUGCUCUGAGUGUGGGAAGGGAUUCACUCAGUCAUCCCACCUGCGAACACACCAGCAAGUUCACACUGGAGAGAGGCUGUUCACCUGCUCCGAGUGUGGAAAGGGAUUCACUCAGUCAUCUGACCUGUUGAGACACCAGCGGUUUCACACUGGGGAGAGACCGUUCACCUGCUCCGAGUGUGGGAAGGGAUUCACUCGAUCAUCCCAUCUGCUGAAACACCAGCGGGGUCACACUGGGGAGAGGCCGUUCACCUGCUCCGAGUGUGGGAAGGGAUUCACUCAGUCAUCUGACCUGCUGAAACACCAACGGGUUCACACUGGGGAGAGGCCGUUCACCUGCUCCGAGUGUGAGAAGGGGUUCACUCAGUCGUCUGACCUGCUGAGACACCGACGGGUUCACACUGGGGAGAGGCCAUUCACCUGCUCCGAGUGUGGGAAGGGAUUCACUCAGUCAGCCAACCUGCGAACACACCAGCGGCUUCACACUGGGGAGAGGCCGUUCACCUGCUCCGAGUGUGGGAAGGGAUUCACUCAGUCUUCUGACCUGCUGAGACACCAGCAGGUUCACGCUGAAUCACAGAAUCUCAAAAUUGUUACAGUGCAGAAGGAGGCCAUUCGGCCCAUCGUGUCUGCAGGGGCUCUCUAAAUGAGUAUCAUGACUUCGUGCCCUUCUCCUGCCUUUUCCUCUUGCCCUUGCUAUUCACUUCUAUUCAAAUAACCAUCCAAUGCCCUCUUGAAAGCUUCGAUUGAACCUACCUCCACCACACUUCCAGGCUGUGCAUUCCAGACCCGAACCACUGGCUGUGUGAAAAAGUUUUUUCCCCGCAUCACAUUUGCUUCUUUUGCAAAUCACUUCAAAUCUGUUGCUUCUUCCUCUUGAACCCUUGAUGAACGGGAACAGUUUCUCCCAAUCUGCUCUAACCAGCCCCCUCAUGAUUCUGAACACCUCCACCUAAUCUCUUCUUAGCCUACUCCUCUCCCAGGAGAAAAAUCUAACCUUACGCUCCAGCGAGGAUUGAACUUACAACCCCUGGCGUACAAGACCACUGAGCUAUGGAACCAACUGGUGAUAACUCUUCACUCCCUGACCAGGAAUCAAACCCAGGCCGCAGCAGUGAAAGCGCCGAAUCACCUAACCACCAGACCACCUAGGAGAGAGGAUCUUCACCUGCUCCGAGUGAGGGAAUAGAUUCACUCAGUCAUCCCAACUGCUGAGACACCAGCAAGUUCACACUGGGGAGAGGCUGUUCACCUGCUCUGAGUGUGGGUAGAGAUUCACUCAGUUAUCCAGCCUGCUGAGAUACCAGCGGUUUCAAGCUGGGGAGAGGCCGUUCAUCUGCUGCAAGCGUGGGAAGGGAUUCACUCAGUCAUCCCACCCACGAACACACCAGCUAGUUCACACUGGAGAGAGGCUGUUUACCUGUUCUGAGUGUGAUAAGGGACUCACUCAAUCAUCCCAACUGCUGAGACACCAGCAAGUUCACAGGUGACGCCAGAGGUUGAGUUCUGCUGUUAUUACUGUUGUUAAUCGUAUCUAGGACUGUUCCUUCUGAUAGUUGGGGUUUGUUUCUGCGUUAAUAACGUUAAUAACCCCUGUCACAAAAAUAGAAAAU